AUGUUCAUGGAGAUGAGCAAUCCAUCCCUACCCAAGCUCUUGGAACUUGCAGCCUACAGCCUGCUAAGCAAUGAGGCCUCUGCUAUAUCUGCCUUGGAAGAGUUCACUGUCAACCUCUUCCCACCACUGCUCACUGCUGCAUUUGCCAAGGGGCAUGAGAAGGCUCUAAAGGCCCUGGUGCAGGCCUGGCCCUUCCCCUUUCUCCGACUAGGCUCUCUGAUAGUACAGUGGCCCAAUCAAGAUAGCUUGCAAGCUGUGCUGGAUGGGCUGGAGGCCUUACCUGCUCAUGGGACCUAUCCCAGGAGGUCAGAACUGAGGGUGCUGGAUUUGACGCUGGACUUUGAUCAGGUCCAGAGUAAAGGGAUUGCUGAGGCCUUGGCCAUGUUCCCAUUUUGGCUACCAUCGACGGUCAAGGCACCAAUGCCCCAGGCCAUGGCCAAGAGCAAUCCAAGAGAGGACACAAGAAAAGGACCAAAAAAGCUGUGGGAACCCGUGGAAUUACACAUUGAUCUUUUCCUGAGAGUCCCCUUCAAGUUUGAUCCAUUCCUUUCAGCCCUCCUGACAAAAGUGGAAAAGAGUGGUGGGUCCCUGCGCCUCUGCUGUAGGAAACUGCAUAUUGAGGAAAUGCCCUUUAACAGCCUGAUAGGGAUCCUGAAGACACUUGAGCUGGAUUUCAUCCAGGAGUUGGAGGUGUUUGACUGGUUUCGGGCACUGUCAGAGCAGAGACUGUUUGCAACACAGCUGGGGAGGAUCUGCAACCUGCGCAGCCUCAAGCUGGCCUACUACCACUGGGCCUUCUCCCCAGUGAGUGAGCAGUCCUGCAGCUACUUUCUUUCACAGCUCAGCAAGCUGGGCCACCUUCAGAAGCUCCACCUGUCCUACUCCUACCUCUCAGGCAACCUACAUCAAGUGCUCAGCUGCCUACAGUGCCCACUGCAUGCCCUGGAGAUUUGUUCCUGCACCCUUCUGGACAUCGACAUCACCUACUUAUCCCAGAGUCUUCAUGUCACCUGUCUGAAGAAGUUGGAUCUAAGUGGCAACAACCUUUCCUAUAUGGUCCCUGGGCCCUUAGAGACCCUGCUGGAGAAGGUCUCAGGGACACUGCAGCACCUGAACUUGAACCACUGCCGGCUAAAGGAUGCCCACCUCAGUGCCAUCCUGCCAUCCCUAUGCCAUUGUUCCUGGCUCCACUCCCUGGGCCUGUCUGACAACCCCAUCUCCCAGGCCAGUCUCCUGAGCCUGCUGGAGCACACAGCGGGACUUAUGGAGUUGAAGCAUGUACUCUAUCCCAUCCCAGUCGAGUGCUGCACAUACCUGCAUGGCCUCUCCUGGGGUCCUGUCAACAAAAACAAGAUGUGCCUGGUGCAGGCUGAGAUACAGAAGCUGCUGCAGGCUAUGCAGAGAGCUGAUAUGCAGUGGAGCCCCCACUGCCCUAGCCCUUGCCCAUGA